UCUCAGAGCGCGGACAGUGAGAAGAAGUCGACCACGUCUUCCACCCCCUUGCGCCCUCUACUACCCUCAUUUGACGGCGCUGGGCGUAGAUAACUUCUGCACGGUUAAUUGACGGUCAACAAUUUCGACCUGCCCACUACCGCCCCGCUCGGACCGUGUACUUUCCACCGUCAAUCCGAUCACCCCUCUGUCGCAAACGAGACCGACGAGUAAUUACACGCGCGGGAGGUUAAUACUGCCUCGAGAUGGCUUCGUCCUUGGCUGCGCAGCUGGCGCAGAUCGCAGCCAACUCGCGGACGAGCCUAAACGCCAAGGCCUUGAAGGCAACUCACUCCAAGUCCCUGAUCUGGGAGCCCCGAGUCGCCGCUGGCCAAACCUUUCCCGAGAUCUACCAGUUAUCGCACGAGGGGUUUGAGGAACUCUGCAACCUGGAUGCACGCUUCGCACACUAUGGCGCCUCCCUGUUUAGCGAGCAGAGUCAAGAAGCCGACCGGACUCAGAUGAACGCCGAGGAAAAUGCGGCUUUGGACGAGCGCGUCGACUCGUUCCUCCACCUCGUAGGGAGCCGGCUGCGGCUUAUGCCCGCCAUCAAAGCGAUCGAGUGGUUGAUUCGGCGGUUUAGGAUCCACGAGUUCAACACAAACACCCUUAUCACCACCUUCCUGCCGUAUCAUACCAUUCCAGCCUUCGUUACGCUCCUUUCCAUUCUUCCAGCAAAGAUACCCCUGGAGUACCGGUUCUUAGAUCCCUACAUCAGAUCUUUAACGGCCCCGCCUAGAGCCGCGAUAGUCCAACAGGCAACAAACCGGCCCGAGUUGCUCUCGACCAUCUCUCAGUAUACGCUUGAAUCAUGCCGGGCGAAGCAGGAGUACCCGGGUCUGGUGUCAUUCUGGGGUGGUGUCAUGGCGGAAGCCGCCAAUGGCAUGCUUGAUAAAAUGCGGUCCGGUCGGAGGAGCAUUCAGCUGGAAAAUGACCAUAUCCUCCUCCAGCAGAUUGGGCCAGUUCUCAGCGAGGCCAUGGUCAUGAAGGAAGUUCCCGGGAUUCAGAUCGCAAGCUACAUGAUUGUUACAAUCCUUGCUGCGAAGGGCAGUCUUAAUGAUGUGGCGCUCACGGCGUUCAUGGAUCAAUUAGUCCACGGCUGGACUGUCGAUACCUAUCGUUCGGGCCUUGUCUGUCUCUGCAUCCUAGCACAACACCGGGCUGCGAAGCAGGUGUCCAGCCGUGUCGCAAAGGCCCUCAUCAAGGUCCAGGACUUGGUCCCGACCCUGGUGGAAAUCAGCCGGCAACACAGAGUCGACAAACUGGCCAACGGGCUCGCACUAGCCUUUAUCGACAGACUUUCCAAGAAGGGCGAUGUCCGGAGCCUGCCUGCUAUUAACUCGCUUUUUUCGGCCAACCUGUUGCGGGAUAAGCAGAUUAAGGUUAUCUACAAAGCCAUGCUCUUGGCUGCCCACAAAGUCAACGAUGAGGUCGACGAGGAUGGUCACAUUCGCAAAGAGAUCGGCUCGUCCUUGAUCAGCUUAUCGCAGGCGGGAGGAGACGUGGGGGAUGUUAUCAGGUCGGCCAUUGAGGAGAUUGAUUUCAACAUCGAAGAGCUUGAACUCAAGCUUGGAGCUGCGAUCCGCCCGAAACUCGCGAUCGAACAAAGCCCGGAGGACGAAGAGGCAGAAGAGGGGACAGAGACAGCUGAAACUCAGCCAAGUCUGGACUCGACGUUCCAGGAGCUGGCUAGACUGCAACCCUCAACAGUCUCGUGUCUAUCACAAGAAUCGAGCAGCCUGUUCAACGAUCUCUGCGCAGUCCUCCUGUCUGCGGCGGCUACCGAGAGCGACAUGGAGAAGUUCGACGCCAUUCCUGUUCUAAGCCGAUCUCUGGCGCCGAGCAACCCCUUUUACCUCAGCUUCUAUGUGCGCGUCUGGUGUGGGCCAUUUCCCACACUCGCUAAGGUGGCUGCCCUCGAACGUGUCAAGUCCCGGCUAAAGGAACCCGAUUGCGUGGGCAAGGAUUUCCAGGCAAUCAUUCCUUACUGUGCGGUGGCCCUGAGCGACCCGGCAAAGAAGGUUCGUCGUGCCGCGGCCGACCUUGUUGCUGUUUUGGGUUCCCUUCUCAAGGAACAGCCCCGGCAGGUUUGGGGGGCGAAGGACUUGUAUGGCAAGGUUGGCGCUCCCAAUGCCCUUGACCGUGAUGCCCUCAAGGCUCUAGUCAGCUCGGUCCUGAUCCCGUCAUUGGAAGAGUCUGUCCUUCACGACGCUCACGUCGUUGCCGCCCUCACCAGCGCCCUCGAGAGCUCGAAGGGUUCAUCCGGAACGGAGGGUGAAAGGCGCCAUCUUUCCCACGCAACGAGGCUCUCGAUCUUUAAGUUUCUCUGUGGCCACGUUACCGAGACACCAUUGCUGGCCGUUAAGAUCCGCUUGCUUCGAUCCCUCAACCAAAUUCGGAGCAUCUCAGGCACCUCUCGGACGGACCUUCUUUUGCCGCUCCUCCGUUGGUGGGCUGCUCUUGGCCGUGGUGAGGUCCUUGAGCUUACUGCGCGAGAAGCGCUCGAUGAGGCUGCCGUGGACGAAGCUGUCGUGGACGUCGUUAUAGCAAACCAUAUCGCUGGCCUCGAGACGGCCUUCCAGCUGAUCAACGACCCCAAAACAGCUCUUAGACCCAAUCUGGUGCAGGCGAUCUUUGGCCGGAUCAUCAAAAUGUGGCCAUCGAUGAAGUCGGACACUAAGUUCUCCACAGCUCGAUCCAUGUUCAACAUCACCCAAACUUUACCAUCGUCUGAGCACGGCCCGGUCAUUACGGAGGCGGUCGAGCUCCUGCGCAAGGUGGAGCUGACGACUGAUAUUCAACUCGACCUCAUUGACUCGUUACAAGACCAAGUCAAGCUUGCGACCGAGAAGCCCGCGAACAAGCGGAGACGGGUCAGCACAACGGAGCAGAGUCGGAGCGUGGCUUUGCAGAGCAGCCCAGAGCUGAAGGCGGCUCUGAACAAGACGACCUUCGUGCUCGAGCUCGUUCAAGAGUCCGAUCCGGCAAAUCACCCCGAACUACUGCCGAGCCUUUUUACUACGCUGUCUGAUCUUCACCACCUCAGCACGCUCAUCGGCUCUGAGUUGGGGUAUCUCCAGAACCUCGUGCUAAGCAGUCUUCUCGCCAUGAUGCCGGCGUACAAGGACAACAAGAACCUGACGAUCGACGCAUCAGUCGGCCACGGAGACAUCUUGGCUACCUGUAUCCAAAAGUCGUCCAGCCCUGCUGUCAUCAACGCGGCACUGCUUUUGGUGGCUAGCCUGGCUAGGACGGCACCAGAUGUGGUGCUGCAGAGCGUCAUGCCGAUUUUCACGUUUAUGGGCAGCUCGGUGUUGAAGCAGGCUGAUGACUACUCUGCCCAUGUUGUCAAUCAAACCAUCAAGGAGGUUAUUCCUCCGUUGAUUGACACGUUCCGGAGAAGAGGACGUAACGUGGUUGCCAGCACCAAGGACCUUCUUGCCAGCUUCGUUACCGCUUACGAGCAUAUUCCUUCGCAUCGGAAGCACGACCUCUUCAUUUCCCUGGUCCAAAACCUCGGGCCUGAGGACUUCCUCUUUGCCAUUCUUGCCAUGUUCGUGGAUCGGUAUGCUGCGACAGACAACAUGAUCUCGUUCACAACCCAGAUGAUGAGUUCAUUCUCGGUGGAGAUCCAGCUGCAAACUCUCAUCAAGCUCUUGGACUUGACUAGCGACAUCUUCAAGCCGAAGCCCGCGCUAUCGAAUACCUUGCUUGGCGGUGACGGCAGUGAGCAUGACACUCAAAAGGUCGCCACAAAGCAGCUGAACCUCCUCCCACAUCUGCUUGCAAACAGGCGCCUGAAGCGGGAGAUUACACAAUUGGCGGAGAGAGAUGACAUGGAAACUGGGAAGAUCCGCGAUCUCUACGCGACGCUCCUGGAGAGCAUCUUGACGCUGGCGACCACGGUCAAGAGCAAAAAGGCGCUCUACAACCGCUGCGGCGACGCGCUAUCUAACCUACUCAAUCUGCUCUCGAUCGCCGAGUUCAUCAAGAGUGUGGAAGCACUUCUCGACCGGCCGAACGUCGGGCUGCGGCAGAAGGUGCUACGGGCGCUCGAGCUUCGGGUUGACAGUGAGAGCACCGCGGACCCAAGAUCUAGGGAGGCGCUCCUUGCUUUCCUGCCGCAGUUGACUGCCGUCAUCCGCGAAUCGGACGACAUGAGCUACAAGCACACUGCGGUGACGUGUGUCGACAAGAUCUCGGAGAAGUACGGCAAGAAGGACAUCGAUGCGGUUGCGGCAGCCGCCGCGACUAUUGCGGGCGAUCACUGCCUCGGCCAGUCAUCGCAAAGUCUUAGGGUCAUGGCGCUGCUCUGCCUGGCUUCACUUGUGGAUGUCCUGCAGGACGGCAUCGUUCCUGUUUUGCCUGUCGCGAUCCCCAAGGCACUGGACUACCUAGAACAGAGCUUGGUUGACGAGGAGCCCAACGCCGAGCUGCACAAUGCGGCGUAUGCCUUCAUGGCAGCGUUGGCCCAGCAUAUCCCGUACAUGAUCACUGGUUCAUACCUCGAUCGCCUUCUGGCUUGCUCGAACGCAUCUGCGGCGGCGGCACUGGACGACGAGUCGAGCAGCAACCGGACGCACUGCCUUCAGUUCCUGGCCAAAUUGGUCGACCCCAAGGUCAUGUACAAUGCACUCAACCAGAACUGGGCCUCUGCCUCCAGCUGUGGUGCCUCGGCCGUCACUGAAUAUCUCGACAUCCUCGGUAUGGCCCUUGAUAAGCAUUCCAAGGCAGCCGUUGCGAAGAACGUAACUUCGCUCUCAACCAUCUUCCUCAGCUCCAUGGACCUUAGGAGGGUCGUGGGGUCUGGGCAGGCCAAGACCUCGAUCAGCCCGUCCGAGUUGGACGAAAUCGAGUCCAAGAUCGGCGACGUUGCGCUUAAGAUGAUCUACAAGCUCAACGACGCUGCCUUCCGCCCCAUCUUCUCCAAGCUCAUGGAGUGGGCGUCGACGGGGCUCCCCAAGAACGACGCGUCGGGCCGGACCCUCCGGCUAUUCGCCGUCUACGGCUUCCUAGACACCUUCUUCGGCAACCUCAAGUCCAUCGUCACCAGCUACGCAUCGUACACGGUCGAGAGCGCCAUCAAGGUCCUCUCGUCGACCGACUUCCAGGACGCGGACGAGAAGGAGCUCUGGAAGCGGGUGCUGCGCACGCUGGCCAAGUGCUUCGAGCACGACCAGGACGGCUUCUGGCAGGCGCCGGCGCACUUCGGCGCGGUCGCGCCCGUGCUGGUCGAGCAGUUCCUGAACGCGGGCGCGGGCGCGGGCGCCGACGCCGCCGAGGACCUCAUCCCCGCGCUCGUCGAGCUGGCCGCCGCCGCCGACUCCCAGGAGCACCACAAGGAGCUCAACGGCGCGCUGCUGAAGCACCUGCGCAACAGCCAGGCGGCGGUCCGCCUCGCGGUCGUGCAGUGCCAGCAGGCGUUGACGGUGAGGUUGGGAGAGGAGUGGUUGCAGGCGCUGCCGGAGAUGCUGCCGUAUAUUAGUGAGUUGCAGGAUGAUGAUGAUGAGGUGGUGGAGAGGGAGAAUAGGCGGUGGAUUGUGGAGAUUGAGGAGAAACUUGGGGAGAGCCUGGAUUCGAUGUUGCAGUAAUCUACUAGGAAGGGUAGAUACUUUGUGGAUGUGUAUGUAUUUUGGUGGUAUGGUUGGCAGCUAUGUGAGAUGUAUGUUUUGGGGUGGUUCUUUGGAUUGUGAAAAGGGUUUAUUGCGGAAUAAAGCUAGAUUGUGUUUUAGGUUUUUGACUGGUGU